AAACGUUCCCUAUAAAUGGUGGCGCCGGAGCUUUCGUAUUCCACUUCUGACUUGGUGCACUUUCGCGCGCUCCCAGCCUUCGAAGUUUCAAAAGUUUCUGCCGAUCACCCGCUGACGAUUCGAGAAAUCAAGAUGCUGAACAAAAACAUUGCAAUUGCUGUCGUAGUGGUGUUGGCCAUCGUCUGCUUGGCCGAGGCUCGUGAGGAGGGGCCGCACGACAUGGCUGAUGCUCUCCGCAUGCUGCAGGAAUUGGACCGCUACUAUACCCAGGCCGCUAGACCAAGGUUUGGUAAGCGUUCUGAUGCCUACACGAACUGGGCCAAGGAUCUUGAGAAGCCGGACAUACCCGCCUGGCUGUCGUACGCCAGAAGGAGAUGAGGUGUGCAACAGUCUCGGCAUCCAUAUU